AUGGACGCGUUUGGAUCGGGGGACGGGUGGAUCUCAUCCACCCCGACCCGAUCCGGCGAGGAGGCGGCGCCGGCGAGCUUAGACACCGGCGACGGAGGAGAUCCGGCGGCAGGGAAGGCCGGGCGGUGCGGGGACGGCGCGGGGCACGGCGAGGGUCGGCUGACAGGGCGCCGGCGGAGGCGCGCGGCCACAGGCGGAGCGCGCGGCGGCUCCGGUCGCCGACGGGAGGAGCAGGGCGGCGGAGAGGCGCUGGCGGCGGCGGUGGCCGGAGGAUGGGACGGCGCGCAGGAUCCGGUGGCGCGGGCGCGGGGCACGGCUCGAUGGCGGCGGCGGCGUCCCGGGCCGGGGGGAGGGCCGAGCGCGGGCCGCGGCGGGCCGCGGAGCAAGCAUGGACUUGUUGUCAACGUAGAGCACCACUCCUUCCGGUUCCUUGUCAGUGAGGUCACCGAGUAG